CUUUUGCCAUAUAUUUAUUGCGUCCAAACUGGUUGCAAACAUAUUACUGGUAUGCACGAGCGACUACCUGUAGUGACACGCUAAAUUCGCUGCGACGGAAACCGUCCUGGCUGUCAGUGAUCGCAGAGCGUAACACAUUGAAAAUGCGAGCGGCGGACUCGAGGGGCACUCGUGUGGUCGGUAAAGCAAUGUCCGCCGCUGCUGGAGACUGCCCAUCCGCAGCCGAACCCAAGGCCAAGGGCGCUGCCGCCAAAGGUACCAAGCGGCGCGCGGACGCCGACGCCGCUGCCGCUACGACCACCGCCGUUGCUAGCAGCGAUGCCAAGAAAGCGGCAACCGGCAAACAAGACAAGCCUGCUGCCGACGUAACCGCUGCGGCUGGUUCUGCUCCUGCUGCCGAAGCAGCAGGAGAGGGAACCGCCCCUGCAAAGAAGCCUCGGCAAGCCGCCGCUUCCGCCGGUCCAAAGGCACAAGGCCAGAACGACAAAAAUGCGGGCGGCAAGGCAGGAAAGAGUACAGCUGCUGCUGUCGUCGGGAGUACGGCUGCGAAAGGGAAGGCUGCUAAGAGCGCCGCUGGCACCGCCCGGAAGGCCGCUGCGGAGGCAGCUCCAGCAACGGCUGCUGCCGAAGCAAGUGAGGACGCUGACCAGAAAGCUGUGGGGGCUGACCCGGAGAAGGAGGAGGCGGAACAGGGCGGAAAGGUCAACAAGGUCAAGGCCGUGGUGAAGCGGGGAGUCAAGCGUUCCGCUGCUGCAGCAGCUGCUGCUGCGGAGGACAAGGCCAAGGCAAAGCCUAAUGGUGCAACAGGUCAUGACAGCGAUGUUGGCGAGGAGGACAUUCCUGGGGAUGACGAGGACGAGGAUGUUGAGGGAGGUGGAGAUGGGGGCGCUGAUGAGGACGGCGCUGCGGCUGCUGCGGCUGCCGGUCCGGGUCGGCUGCGUCCCGCCCGCAAGGCAACCCAGCGAGUGACGAGCUACAAGGAGGGGGGCAAGGGCGGCAAGGGGGCAGACGAGGAGGAAGAGGAGGAGACGGUCAAGGUGGAGGAG